AAAAACAAAAAAAAACAGGCGCCCUCCCCAUGUUCCUAGGCUGGGUCGUCGUCUGCAUCGUCGACGAGUGCGUAGCCCUCUCCCUGGGCGAGUUCGCCUCCCGCUACCCGACCUCCGCCGGCCCGUACUACUGGUCCUUCCAGCUCGCCAGCCCCCGCUACCGCACCGUGCUGUCCUUCAUCACGGGCUGGACCUGGCUCAUCGGCAACUGGACCAUCACCCUGUCCGUCAACUUCGGCUUCGCCUCGCUCAUCGCCGCCACCGUCGCCCUGUACCACCCGGACUGGGCCCCCUCGUCCUGGCAGGUCCUGCUCAUCUUUUAUGCCAUCUGCCUCAUCACCUUUGUCAUUGUCGCGUAUGGGAACAAGGUCCUGCCGAUGGUGGAUACCAUCUGUGCUGCCUUUACGGCUGUUAGCAUCCUUAUCACGCUCAUCUGCCUGUCGUCCAAGGCGGCGGUGGGGAGACAUUCUGCGCGGGAGACCUUGGGCGCCUACGACACAUCUCUCUCUGGCUGGGGAGGAUUUUCCUUCUUCAUCGGCAUGCUGCCCUCGGCGUACACAUUCUCAGCAAUUGGCAUGAUCACCUCCAUGGCUGAAGAGUGCGGCGACCCAACAACCAAGCUGCCCAAGGCCAUCUCCCUCUGUGUGCCCGUAGGAGGCAUCGCAGGCCUCUUUUUCAUCAUACCCAUCUGUGCCACCCUCCCACCCUUAGAGGACAUCCUCGAGGCACCCAUAGCGCAGGCCCUGCCCUACAUCUUCGGUGUCGUGAUGGACUCGCCAGGCGGCGGCUUCGGCCUGACCUUCCUCGUGCUCAUCAUCACCCUCUUCUGCUCCAUCUCCAUCACCGUUGCCGCCUCCCGGUGCACGUGGGCCUUCUCGCGCGACAAGGCCAUCCCGCUCGGCCACCUGUGGUCCCGCGUCGAUACCCGCCACGGCACCCCCAUCUGGGCGCUCGUCCUGACGACGGUCAUCCAGAUGCUGCUGGGCCUGAUCAACCUGGGCUCCUCGUCGGCCUUCCUCGCGUUUGUGAGCGUGGGCGUCAUAUCGCUGGCUGUGUCGUAUGGGAUCCCGAUUGCCAUCUCGCUGUUCCACCGGCGCAGGGACGUCAAUGCGGCUCGGUGGACGAUGGGAGGGCUGGUUGGUUGGACUGUCAACAUCGUGGCGUUGUUGUGGAUCCUCUUCGAGACGGUCUUGUUCUCCAUGCCGACCGUGCUGCCAGUGACAGACGUCAGCAUGAAUUAUGCGGUUGUGGUCUUCUUUGGCUUCAUGGCUCUGAGUGCCGUUUGGUAUGCCGUUUAUGCUCACAAGGUCUACCAAGGACCACCAGAGUCGGAUGGACUGGUAGUCGACCAUUAAGACGCCUAACUUGGACGCCUAUAAGGCACCGUGUGUACGAUAUCCAAAAUUGCAAGGCAGAAAGGUAUGAAAUAGAAAAGGCAAAACAGAUAUGCAAGGAGGAAUAUAAUGAUAAUAUCAGGCUGCCCCCACACCCGCGGCAGCAGACG